AUGUCGGCAUCAACAUCCUUCGUGUUCAGCUAUCUCCUUGCCACAGUUACUACAUCCAUCCCCGCCAGUGGCGACUUUACACAUCGGAAACAGGAGGACAUGGACCUGUUGAUGAAGCACGAACUUUUAGUGGGUCCAGAUGGCAAUAUAAUGGGUGGUAAACGAGUUCUGUGGGAGGAGGGCAUACAAAGCCGUACAUCAUCUAUCCUCGAUAUCCUUAUUCCAAAAUCCAGUCUAAAAAUUCAAGAUUUACAUGACAUUAGGUACAUCAAGAAGAAGGAUGAUUUUAUCUUAUACGGUUCAUCCAUAUUGCUAAAUCCACGGGGUAUCACUCGCCCGCAAUGGAGGCUCACUCAUCCCUUCUCUGGUCCGCUGAAAAAGACGAAAAGGAACCAGCAGGAAUUGCAGACCAAUACAGAGGUGGAGGGGGAGGCAGAUGAAGACCUUAGUGUAGGCGAAGAUAUGAUGGAGAUGGAUGGCAGCUGGUCGCAAAAAUUGUAUCAGACUGGAGAAAAACAUCUGAUCAUGGCUGUAAAGGUGGCGGAAGAGAAGAAUUGGGAGCACCUCUUCAGAAGCGUCUACUACGACACACAUGACAAGGUCAAAGCCAAGUUGGGCUCACUGCCCUUCCACGUUCUACUGGAACCGCGAUACUGGUCUUCAGAGUUCUCUACCAUUGCCAUUCCAGAUCCCACUGAUUCCCAGAAACCUGAUUUAGUCCUUAUGGACUAUAGACUGAAGAAGAGCAGUGGGAAGGAGAAGAGUUGGGCAGUUGUUCUGACAGGAGUAGAGAUCACCAUCUCAGAACUGGCGGAGGGAAAGGGCAUGCCAAUAUUCUUGGGGGUUGCAACCAAAGGCUACCUUAUGAUGCGCGAACAACCGUGGUGUCAUUUCAUUCUUCUUUUCAGUAUUGCGAACUUGAAGCUUUGUGCACAUUACUUGGACUGCUCUGGAAUGAUCAUAUCGGCACCUAUCUUAAUUGGCCGUGAUGCUGUACGUUUCGCCGAUGUCUUAAACACGAUGACACUAGCAAGUCACUCUGCUCUCGGUUUCGAUCCCACCAUUCACGUUUGCAAUACCCUUUGCUCCACUACUGCUCAUGAUAAUUUACCGGAGGGGGUUGAUGCCAUGCCAAUCGGAGCGAUAGGUUGGGUUACAGACGAUGUAGGUGAGGUGUAUUGGAUUAUGGCUAAUCUGUGGAAAAGUUGCGGUCUUUUUUCACGUGGAACCGUUUGUUAUCAUGUCCAGGACAAGAAUAAGUGGGAGUAUGCAUUGAAGGACUGUUGGGUAGAUGCAGACAUAAUAGAGCAGGAGGUCAACUUUCUCAGGGCGGUUGAUGGCGUUCCAAAUGUGGUCCAGCUAGUGAAGUAUUGGGACAUUGAGUACGAUGGGCACAUUGACAGCACAUCAAACAUUUGUGACCAUGUCCGCGAUCACCUCCCAGAUUCACCAAUAUUCACCAACAAGAUUCACCGUUGCAUGCUUUUGACACCCUGUGGACUCCCACUAACCAACUUCAAGUCUGUACCUGAGCUGGUCAAUGUUUUUCUUGACCUUGUUGUUGCCCACAAAACGAUGAUGAUGGAGUGGAGGGUUCUUCAUGGAGAUCUCAGUCCCAACAACCUCAUCAUAUACAGGGGAAAAGGCUACUUUAUCGACUUUGACCACGCCAAAUUCAUCCAACUGAACAAUAAAGCAAAGGAUUCGCGUGGAACAGGAACGAUACCAUACAUAUCCUGCCACCUUCUCAAGCUGAUGGGAGGCAUUCCGACUCCUGAUUCAAUCGACCACAAGGCCUCUGAUGACCUCGAGUCACUCUUCUACAUUCUCCUCAAAUUUAUGAUUAUAUACAAUGGACCUGGCGGCCUAACGACAAACAGGGAGGUGCCUCCCGAGAAUGCCCAUAGAUGGCAUAAAGUCUACGUGACGAUGGACAAAGACGGUCUCGGGACUAGCGGAACCCUCAAGAAAGAAUUUCUAAUGGACAAAGCCCCGGGUUUCGAGCCUGCACCGUAUUUCCAAGCUUGCCGUCCCAUCCUUGAGGACUGGCGCAUGGCAAUUGGAGAUGCAAUAAUGAACAGUAAGGAUGUCUCUCACAACCAAAUUUGUGAGAUCAUACAACGGGGGCUGGACAACAUCGACAAUUUUCCGAGUCCUCAGAUUUCACUGCCGAUGCCAUCUACCAGUCCAUCAGCUUCUUCGCCUUCUUCUCCAGCCGUGGUCCUGGGUUCGCAGCCUCAUCGUUCCAGCCGGAUAAACCACCCUGCACAUUCAUCCAUACCAUCUACUUCUUCGUCAUCAUUCGCACCUCCUCACCCACCCUCUGUUUCGAGUGAUCGCCCUCAUCGCUCUAGCCGGAAGAAGAAGCAGGUUUCCACGUCCUGA